GGCACCGGCCGGCCCCGCCUUGUCCCGGCCCCCGGUCCAGGGUGCCCGGUCCCCGCGCCGGCUGCGGCCUGGGGCGCUGGGGCGCCUCCCGCCCGACCUCGGAGCGGAUCCGCCGGGCACCGCCGCCUCCUGCCGCGCCCCCCCGCGGCGGUAUCGGGGUGCGGAGCGCCUGCAGGCGGUGACAGGGGCGCUGGGACACCGGGGACAGCCUCGUCCCCGCGACCUCAGGAGCGGGCUUCUCUUUGCAGUGCCCUGCCCACGGCGCCUGGGGUUUGCUGGCCUCUGUAAGGGGCUUAGAGAAAGGGAUUCGGAGCCUGUUUCAUAAAGUGAUGGGAAGGCCUGCGAGCCGCGCAAGCAGAAAUCUUAGUCUGCAAACUGCUAAGGGAAGUGGGAAUCCAAGCAGAAACGCGAUAAAAUUUGAUGCUGGGACUCUUCUACUCAGUACACACCGACUGAUUUGGAGAGAUCAGAAAAAUCAUGAGUGCUGCAUGGCCAUCCCUCUGUCCCAGAUUGUGUUCAUUGAGGAGCAGGCAGCUGGCAUUGGGAAGAGUGCCAAAAUAGUGGUUCAUCUGCACCCAGCUCCUCCUCACAAAGAACCUGGCCCCUUCCAAAGUAGUAAGAAUUCCUACAUCAAACUCUCCUUCAAGGAACAUGGCCAGAUUGAGUUUUACAGGCGUCUAUCAGAGGAAAUGACACAGAGAAGAUGGGAGAAUAUGCCAGUUUCCCAGUCAUUACAAACAAAUAGAGGACCCCAGCCUGGAAGAGUAAGAGCCGUAGGCAUUGUAGGCAUUGAGAGGAAACUGGAAGAAAAAAGAAAAGAAACUGACAAAAACAUUUCUGAGGCCUUUGAAGACCUUAGCAAGCUAAUGAUCAAGGCUAAAGAAAUGGUGGAGUUGUCAAAAUCAAUUGCUAAUAAAAUUAAAGAGAAGCAAGGUGACAUCACAGAAGAUGAGACUAUCAGGUUUAAGUCCUACUUACUGAGCAUGGGAAUAGCCAACCCGGUCACCAGGGAAACCUACGGCUCAGGCACACAGUACCACAUGCAGCUAGCCAAGCAGCUGGCUGGGAUACUGCAGGCACCACUAGAGGAACGAGGGGGAAUAAUGUCACUCACAGAGGUGUACUGUUUAGUAAACCGAGCUCGAGGAAUGGAAUUGCUGUCACCAGAAGAUUUAGUGAAUUCAUGCAAGAUGCUGGAGGCACUGAAAUUACCUCUCAGGCUCAGGGUUUUUGACAGUGGCGUCAUGGUAAUUGAGCUUCAGUCCCACAAGGAAGAGGAAAUGGUGGCCUCGGCCCUGGAGACGGUUUCAGAAAAGGGAUCCCUAACAUCAGAAGAGUUUGCUAAGCUCGUGGGAAUGUCUGUCCUCCUGGCCAAAGAAAGGUUGCUACUUGCAGAGAAGAUGGGCCAUCUUUGUCGAGAUGACUCAGUGGAAGGCUUACGGUUUUAUCCAAAUUUAUUUAUGACACAGAGCUAAGGGUUUCAUGUUUGAAAUACUUUUUUGACCACACACUUGCAUUGUGUAGCGGUUUUUAUGACAUUGAGCUAAGAAAUAGACCCUGAUAAACUGAGAAUUUGUUAGAGCUUCACAGUAUCAUAUAAAACUCUUUUACUCUCUUCCUAAAUACUAUGGUCACAGAAGCUUCUUAUUUAGGGUACAUAUAGGAAAAUACAGAAAAAGGAAUGCUGAUAUAAAUUAAAAAGUAUGCUAUAACUUGAAACAUGGUGGAUUUUAACUUGAUCCCCAAAUGUAACCAUUUAUAAAGAAGAGAAUUUAAGUUCUUGGGGGAAGAAAAGGAAAAGUUGCAUGUUUAGAAAGGUUAGAUUAUUAUUUUGAUGUGACUAAAAUUCACUGAAAUGUAAACGUUUUCUUCUAUGUCUGAUAUGCCCACUAUGGGAGGUUUUCAUGAGGAAGUCAUAGCUACAAUGUAGUUUAAGAACCUGACAACACUGGAACCAAAUAUCAAACUGCAGAAUGCCACAUGAGGCUCUUCCUAAGGGCUUUUCAAAGCAGCCAUAGGCAUGUCUCCAACAGACCAAAUAAAACACCUUUUAAAAAGGAGAGGGCUGGGGUAUGGCUCAGUGGUAGGAUGCUUGCCUAGCAUGCAUGAGGCCUUGGGUUCCAUCCCUGGUAUCAAAAAAUAAAAAGGGAAAAGGAGAAAAUAUUAUUUGACUUAUAUAUAUAUACUCCAACUAAUUUCUUUUAAAGAAUGCAACUGUAUCAUUUUGCUUAAAAAAUGCUAUGGAUUUUGAAGCUGAAUUAAAGAACUGUAUGGACAUGCCCAGAGUUAUGAUUACAGAUCUGAGAGGUAGAUGGCUCAGGAGUUCCCUAGAAUGUUGUGCAGGUAAAAGAAGCAAGGGAACCUUUAACUAACUUCAUAGGAACCUCACUAGAAGCCAAGGCUAGGAAAUAGAAAGUGGGCAGCAACAUGUCUCCUUUUCCCCUCCCCUAAGGAGUCUCAACACUGAACUUUUAAAAGCAUGUCUGUCAUAUUCCAGCAAUAUGUUUUUCUUCUUUCUCCUAUGCAUUAUAACUUGUGUGGAGAAACCAUCUCAGUAAAAAGUGUUACUGAUAACAAAAACUGGCUAAUAUUGCCUAUAGAUGCUUGAGUUUAAAGUAGACUGCUGGACUUCAUAUGCUGCUAUUCUACAGUAUGCAGCUUGUUGGUGUUACCUCAAACUCAGGGACCUCACAGAACAGAAGGAGACCCCCCUUUUUGGGACUAAGUUGGAAAGUGAAAGGAUACUGAUGGUUUUGGCCAAGUCAGCAUUGGAAAUAGUAUCUGUAUUGGGAGAGCCAUUGGGACCAGGAGGAGGAAUGCCCAGGUACACUCUGGGACUUCUCGUACAUUCUUACUGAGUAAGGUAGAGGCCACUGCCACAUUCUGGGGAAGUGCCAGGGUCCUCAGCCACAGAGCCAGGAGCAGUGGCUAUUGCUGCUUUGUGUCCUCCAGUAUCACAGAAAUGCUGUGGCUGAGGCAGUCUGCUUUAGUCUUCAUUUUCAAAACUGUCACUAACUCUUCAUUGUGGUGACAGAUCCCCUAAUUACCUCAUUGCUCAACCUCAGGUUUAUUUUGGGGGUAAUUCAGUGUCUGGCCACCCAAGUCUUUUAGGGGUUAGUUAGACCAUUGUGUAAGUUUGUUUGUGUGUCUUGCCUCUCUCUGAGUUGCACUUACUCUGUCACAUGGCUCUGGCAGACAGUCAGACAGACACACACACACACACACACACACACACACACCACAUCUCAUCUGACUGAGGUUCUUAAAAUCAGAGAAGAUAAAUAAUAAUCUUGCACCAGCUGGAAUAGUUGCAAGUAAGGGUGUUGGAGCAACUGAGUCUAGCUCUAAUGGUUUGGAUUCAUUAUACCAAACUUAGAGUCAGCAUAUUUAUGUACUUUAGUGUGACAAGGUAUUAACAAAAAUGGAGCAUUCGAGUCGAACAGGAAAAGUGACAUGAGUAUAAUCUCCAGAUAUCACAUUAAUUAAAAAUAAGUAUGAUUGAUUUUAUUAUUUUAUUUUAAAGUGGGCAUUCUUCACUGUUCCCAGACCUCUGUGUAUAUAUUUUCAUUUUUUGCCAAAUGAGAUGUUAUUUUGGUUCUUUAUUUGUAGAGGUUAUGUUUAAAUACAACCAAUCAGGCCCUAAGUGCAAAAAAGUUCUGCUUUGGUGCUUAUCACUGUAUAACUAUUAUUUUUAUUUCUUAACUUUGCUCUUAGGAGCACAAAUCUCUUUGUAGCUUUAUGGUAAUGGAAUAUUUCUAGUCACUGUUAAGAAAAAAUUUUUACAUUGUAUAAGUAAAGGCUGUUUUCGGGGUUAAAUGAUCGGUAUUAAUGUAUAUAGAGUAAAAUAAUUGCAAAAUUUUUAAAUGAUUUUCUUACCUUGGUGUUCUUUUGAAAUACUCUGAAAAAUACAUGAAAUUGGUAAACCUUUAAUCAUACUAGGCCGGUAUGUUAAGAAUUUUUCCUUCAGAUUUUAAAAUUAAGGAUUGCUCAUAAAUAUGUAUGCUUUGAGCUCUCACAAUUUUAGUUAUCUUUAAAAAAUGGGAAAUGAGUGGUGAACUGUUUUUUUUUCAAAGCUCCUGAUAUGAGUCCCACUGUGGACUAACCCUGUGUACUUCUGUGAGCAUGCUGUCUCUUGUGCCUUGGUACCCAACUAAGCUGACCAGAACAUGCAUUGCUCUUGUCAUCAUUCUCUUACUCAAAUAUUUAAAAUGGUUCUCUUUAGCACAGCAAUCUCAAAGCCUUCAUUUUGGUACAGUGAAGUCACAACUUGUAAGGCAGUUAGGUUUUAAGACUUUGCCUAAGGACACAAUUUAGCACGCUCAAAAUGAUCCUCAAAAAAAUCUCUUAAAUGCCAAUAAAGUUCUCUUUAUAGUCUUAUGGUUUGUGGAGUGAUAUGUAAGUACAAAAAUAUUAUGCAUAUAGUAAAUACAAUAUAUAAUUAAAAGUGCAUAUCAACAUUAGACUUUUAUAGCAUUAAUAAUUACACUGUGGGUUUAAUGUGUCUUUUUGCCAAUAGGUAUGGUUGGAUUUAUGUAAAUUUACCUACAAUCCUAUCCCUUAUAGUAGAUUUAGACUGUAAGCUUCACAAGGGCAGAGAUUUUUGUUCAUGGAUAUAGCCCCAGAGCCUAGAACAGGGCCUGGCACACAGUAAACAUUAAAUAAACAUGUACUGAGUGAAUGAACUUUGGUGUAAAUACCUGUUUAUACUUUGACUCCUCUCUAUCCUACUUGAGCUCCCAUUGAACUCAGUGAAACAAAUAAACCAUUGUUUGGAAUACACAUGAAUUUUGUGUGAAGAACUUUGUGGGGCACUGGGCAGUGGGAGACAAAAAGGUGAAUAAGAAACAGCCCUCCCUUAAGAAGAUGCAACUUCCAUUGAAGAUAGAAUGAAGUGCAUGCCAUGGAAGAGACACAGAUACCCCACUGAGGAAAACUGAGGAAGGAGUUUUCAGUUCUGAUGAAGGGCACUGGAGAUUUUGUGGAGAGGAAGAGCCUGGUAGCUAGGCUCACAAAGACAGAUUGCCAGUGAGAGGAAGGUGCUGGUUCACCAGAACAGAACGAGGUAUGCCCUCCUGGAUGUAUCCCUCUUGUUUGUCCAGACUUCCUUUGAUUACUUA